UGGCUGAAAAAAUUAUCUUUGUUUUGUUCUUUGUCACCUAUAUUCCCCACCACAAUUUCUUGAUCUUCCUUCAUUCCCUUUUCUUCUCAAAAGUUUAACUCCUUUACCCAAUCAAUGGAUACCCUUUCUACCUCUGUUUCUUCCCUUAAACUUCCAAACAUACGCAGAUACUCUGCUGAUUUCCACCAUUUCAAGAAUCCCUAUACAACAACAACAUCAUCUUCUUCUUCUUCACCCCAUUUCAAUUUCCCAAAACCAACUUCAAUCUCAAGCAAAACCAACUCUUUCACACAUAAAAAGACAACAAAUUUCCCAUUUCCAUCCAAAACCCCACCUCCCAAACAACCCUUUUCCAAGCAUCAAACAGCACAUACAAGAGCUUCAAGUGGGUAUGCUGCAGCACUUAUAGACAUAGGUAACUGCAACAACUCACUUGAAAAACUCGACAAAGACGUGAGGAAGUUAUCAAGAUGGUUAAGACAUGAUCAGGUGCGUGUUCUUAUGACAGACCCUUUUGUGGGAAAUCAAGAAAAAGGGUAUGUUGUUAAGGAGAUUUUGUCUAAGGGGAAUUUCAACAAACAGUUGGUGGGUGUGGUGAAGCUUUUGGUGGAGAAGAACAAAUUGGGGAUUGUGGGUGAAGUUUUGAUGGAAUUUGAGAGGAUUUAUGAUCAGCUUUGUGGGACACAAGUUGUUUUGGUUUCAUCAGAGGUGAAAAUGGAGAAAGAUGAAGCUUUUGGGAUUGCUAAGAAGGUGCAACAACUUAGUGGGGCUGAAAGAGUGAAGGUCAAGGUGAAGAAUUUGGUUAGUGAUAAGAAAAGGUCACAUUCCUUUGCACUUUGACUUUUAAUUUUUGAUUCGAUACGAAUUCAAGAUUUAGAGUCAAUUUUAUUUAAUAUGUAUGUGUGAGGGAUUUGUUUGUGCCUAAUCUUGAUCUACUAUUGACUUUGAUUAAAUGUGGUAUAUUGUGAUUCUCGAAUGCAUGAUUGGUUUUAUAAUGUAAUUAUUAGUGAUUGAUUUUACUUUUCGAAUAGCGUUAUCAGUUCUAUAAAAAGGCAUAAUAAGUUUCUCAUAUAUUGUAUGAGUAAUUCUCCAAUUCAAUCAAUUGUUUAUUCGAGAUGUAUGAA